AUGCACGUUUAUAUUCAGCCAGCAGCCCCUUGGCUGGGGGAGCACAUAAAGUCUUUCAUCCGAAACCAUGUGCCCGAUGCCAUCUUCAUCGACGACUUUGACGACUUUCCUUCGGACGCUUCAACAGUCUUUCAGUUCUGCGAUGGGUGGGCACUCAACCGCAACUUCGCCGCUCUGAACACUGCUGAAAAGGCUCUGAUCAACGCUUACCCGAACAGCGAUGCGCUUGCUCGGAAGGACUAUCUCGCCAGAGUCGUUGACUUCUGGACGGCCAAGAGACCGGAAAGCAUUCUCAAAAAGUGUGUCCCGUUGACAGUCCGGUUGUCUCUUGACUAUGCCGAAUAUGUUGACGAUGCUUUGACUGCGGCUGACGACCUCACGCUUUUGUCCUCGCUGGAAGACAACGAGGACAAACCAGCCUCAGAGCGUGAGUGGUGGAUCUUGAAACCGGCACUGGUUGACUGCGGUGCUGGUAUUCGACUGUUUAGUACGAUGGAGGAGCUUGCCAGCCAUCUCGAGCUCGCGGAAUACGAGAUUGAUGAAGAUGACGAGAGCGAUCUCAGCUACCAAGCCAUGCUUGAAGCCAAUGGCAAGUCGGAAAAUGACACCACCCGCGACAACUCUGAAGGCUUUUAUCCAACCCUGUCGACGCCUGGGCUCGACACCUUGGACGCACUCGUAACGGCAACUGGAGAGUUGGCCUUGAAGGAGAAUAAGGACAGGAUUCAAAGAGCCCCGAAGCCGCAGUAUGUCUUCAAAGAGGGAGGCAGAAUUCCCUCGGCCCAGAUGCGCGAGUUCGUGGCUCAAAGAUACAUCGUUCACAUCCCGCCAAUGGAGAAGAGAAAAUGGCAUGCUCGAGCCUACGUCCUUGCAAUGGGCCGUCUCAAGGUCUACGUCUUCAAGGAGAUGCUCGCAUUAUUGGCCGGGGAGGACUAUGAGCCCCCUUGGCUGAACCCCAGUCUCAAGUCAUCUCUGACCAACACCGCCCUUCAAGACGAAGAUGUUUUUAUAAACAAGCAAUCGAUGAGAGACUUCUGGUCGGCUCCAGACGACUUGCUGCCUGGUGACUGGAAAGCAAGCGUCUUUGAACAGAUUUGUCACACCUCGGCUGAGCUAUUUCGUGGUGCAGCCCACACCAUGGCGGAUAAGUUCACAACGGUGGAUAAGUGUUUUGAGCUCUUCGCCGUCGAUUUCCUCAUUGACACGGAUGGCACUGCGUGGCUUUUAGAAGUGAACGAGACGCCAGCAUUCUAUGACGUUGGAAUGGCUGGCCCCUUGGCCAUGCGCCUCAUGGAAUCCGUCAUUUACAUCGCCAUGGAGCAUAUGGGCAACGCCAAACUUGAGGAAGAAUGCAAUGCCCUUGCGAAGAAACGAAUGAUUCAAGUUUUGGACGAGACCGACAAGCUGGCUAAGAGCAACAUUACGGAGAUUCUGCCAGAGAUUUAA